AUGGGCAAAGAUAAGAAAGCAUCCGGCUCCGGCAGCAAGGGCGGCGGCGGAAAGGACGCGGGCAAGGACGCUGGAGGCAAGGACUCUGGCAAGGCCGCCAAGGGCGCUCAGUCGAUUAAUGUUCGGCAUAUUCUGUGCGAGAAACAUGGCAAGAAGGAGGAAGCCCUGGCCAAGAUCCGUGACGGAGCGGAUUUCGGUGCUGUUGCCAGGGAGUAUAGUGAGGAUAAGGCUAGGACUGGCGGAAGUUUGGGUUGGAAGCAAAAGGGUACUUUGGACCCCGAGUUCGAAAGGGUCGCGUUUGCUUUGGAGACGAGCACUACCGGAAAGCCCCAGAUUGGUGAGGCCAAGACGCCCUUUGGCUACCACAUCAUCAUGGUAGAGGGUAAGAAAUGA